AUGUCACUCUCUCUCUCUCUCUCUCUCUCUCUCUCUCUCUGCUGGCUGCUGGCUGCUGGCCGCUGCUUCGUCUCUGCUUCGUCUUCGGUCUUCGUCGUCUGCGUCUUCAGCAACCAGGUAAGCCCACCGUCGAGUUCCGCCCCGGGCGACCUUGUCCGGCUUCGACGACGCCGGCUGCUUCUUCGUCUCCCUCUCGCGACUGGGACGGCCUGCCUGGACGAGUGUCUGUCCCUGCUGAACCGGUCACCAACUGGUGGGGGGUCCCCUUCGCCGGCGCUCGCAACCAAGGCUGGACUCGAACAGGUCGAACAAGACGGACGGCGUUCUAAGGCGAGAUCGAGGGAGUCGAGGAAGGUCGAGGAUGGUCGAGGGAAGGCCGUCUGGCUGUUCUUUGUGAGGAAGCGAAGUGCGAAGGCGAGGGCAGCAGGAGAGAGAAGCGCCCGACACAGCUCAAGCACCAAGACUGGACGUUGCUUCUCUUCUCUUCUCUUUUUCUUCUCUGUUUCUUCUCUUCUUUUUCUUCUUCUCUUCUUCUCUUCUUCUUCUUCUUCUUCUUCUUCUUCUUUUCUUCUCUUCAGCUUCUCUUCUUCUAUCAACUUUUUGUCUUCUUCCUCGCCAAGACCAGAAAAGGAAAAAAAGGCUCAACCGAACCCGUCGAAGGCUUCUGGAAGGGCCGAGGAUGUUUUGGUUUUACCAAAGAUACACGCAGAGACAGAGGUUUAUUACGGUAUCUUACAACAGCGUUACAAGUACAGGCGAGACUCACAGAAGAACUCGCUCUUAAAAGACUUUCAUAGAGGACGAGCAGAAGACGAGGACAGCAGCAGCAGCAGAAGACAAGGACGAGAGAGCAGAGAAGAGAAGGCGACGAGGAGGCCUGGCGAGCAUGAGAUGUCUGUCGCUGCCAGCAUGGACGCUUCCCUGUCUCGGCCUCGUAUUCCCCCUUCCCUGGGACCCCCGUUCUCGCAUCUCGGCCAGUCAAUGAGAUCUUGCGUGGCCUUCUGGAAGGGCAGAAGAAGACCGGGAGGCGACCAGGAAGCGACCAGGAAGAGGACUAGGAAGGCGGACCAGGAAGACGGACUAUGGAGACGAGGACGAGGACGAGGACGGCCAGCGCUUGCACUGCACCAACACGGCUCGACCAACCUGACUAACGACUUACUCACGGCCGCCAGCAGCCUGACUAGAGCAGACGGCGAACCCGAGUUGAUCACCGCGGAAGGCGUCCCUUAG